AUGGCGGACCAGCCCGCUGAGGCGGCCCCGGCCCCCGGCCCCGGCCCCCCCGCCGCCCUGCCCCUGCCGGCCCCGCCGGGCGGCUCGCAGCGCCUCCUCUUCUCCCACGACCUGGUGUCGGGCCGCUACCGCGGCUCGGUGCGGUUCGGCCUGGUGCGCCUCAUCCACGGCGAGGACUCCGACUCGGAGGAGGAGGAGGGCGGACGCGGGACCGGCGGCGGCGCCGCCAGCUCGGGAGGCUCCGAGUCGGGAGGCCCGGGGGCCGGCGGCGCGGAGGAGGGCCGCGCCAGCCCGCUGCGGCGGGGCUACGUGCGGGUGCAGUGGUACCCGGAGGGCAUCAAGCAGCACGUCAAGGAGACCAAGCUGAAGCUUGAAGAUCGCUCUGUGGUCCCUCGAGAUGUGGUCAGACAUAUGAGCUCCAGUGACAGCCAGUGUGGAACUGUAAUUGAUGUCAACAUAGAGUGUGCUGUGAAGCUGGUAGGAACCAACUGCAUCCUCUACCCUGUCAACAGCAAAGACCUGCAACAUAUCUGGCCUUUCAUGUAUGGUGACUACAUAGCCUAUGACUGCUGGCUGGGCAAGGUCUAUGAUUUGAAGAACCAGGUCAUCCUCAAGCUUUCCAAUGGAGCCAGGUGUUCUAUGAGCACAGAAGAUGGAGCCAAGCUGUAUGACGUUUGUCCUCACGUCAGUGACUCGGGUCUCUUCUUUGAUGAUUCAUACGGCUUUUAUCCUGGGCAAGUCCUCAUUGGGCCUUCUAAAGUCUUCUCCAGUGUGCAGUGGCUCUCGGGUGUGAAGCCUGUUCUGAGCACAAAGAGCAAGUUCAGAGUGGUGGUGGAAGAGGUACAGGUGGUAGAACUAAAGGUUACUUGGAUCACUAAAAGCUUCUGUCCUGGAGGUACUGACAGUGUGAGCCCUCCUCCCUCGGUGAUCAGCCAGGAGAACCUGUCCAGAGUAAAGCGUCUGGGGUGCUUUGACCAUGCCCAAAGGCAGCUCGGGGAAAGGUGCCUCUAUGUGUUCCCGGACAAAGUGGAACCUGCAAAAAUCACCUGUGAAUGCCCUGAGAGGAACUGUGUCCUGGGUGAAGGAUCAGUUGCCAAAAAGGUGAGGCGGCUGCUGAAGAAGCAGAUAGUGAAGAUCAUGUCGUGCUCCCCGGAGUCUCAGGGUACCAGUGAAACCACUGACAAAGAGUCUGCUGCAGCUGCUGACCAAAAAUCAGAAGAGCUUAAGCCUGGGUCAAAGUGUGAGCUGGAUGACUCUUCCAACAGUGCACUGAGUCCUGGGGAGAGAAAGGAGGAGCAGCCUGAAGAAACAGGGAAGGAGAAGGGGGGAGCAGCAGCGCGACAGCAGCAGCCUCCCUUUCUGCUGAAAGACGAAGGAUCGUCCGACUACCGGCUUCAGUCCAUGGAGCAAGAUGCUGAUGAUGAGGCAGCUGAUGACACUGAUGACACUAGCUCUGUCACCUCUUCUGCUAGCUCCACUGCCUCGUCCCAGAGUGGCAGUGGCACUGGCCGCAAGAAGAGCAUCCCUCUUUCCAUCAAAAACUUGAAGCGGAAGCACAAGAAGAAGAAGACCAAGAUUUCACGAGAGUUUAAGCCAGGAGACAGGGUUGCUGUAGAAGUGGUGACCACGAUGACUUCAGCUGACGUGAUGUGGCAGGAUGGCACUGUGGAGACAAACAUUCGCUCCAAUGAGCUGAUUCCAGUCCAUCAUCUGGACAACAACGAGUUCUGCCCUGGGGAUUUUGUGGUGGACAAAAGAGCUCAGAGCUCCCAGGACCCCGGGUUAUAUGGAGUCGUGCAGUCUGGUGACCAUAUUGGCCGUACCUGUGUGGUGAAGUGGUUCAAGUUGAAAUCCAGCGGAGACGAUGUGGAGCUGAUCGGGGAGGAGGAGGAUGUGAGUGUGUAUGAUAUUGCUGAUCAUCCAGACUUUCGCUUCCGCACUACUGACAUUGUGAUUCGCAUUGGCAACUCAGACGGAGCCACAGCUAAGGAAGAUGAGCCUUCGGUCGGACAGGUGGCUCGCGUGGAUGUCAGCAGUAAAGUGGAAGUGGUGUGGGCUGAUAACUCCAAGACUAUCAUUCUGCCUCAGCACUUAUACAAUAUUGAAUCAGAAAUUGAGGAGUCAGACUACGAUUCUGUUGACGGCAGCACCAGCGGGGCAUCCUCUGAGUGGGAGGAUGAAAGCGACAGCUGGGAGACAGACAAUGGCCUCAUGGAAGACGACCACCCAAAAAUUGAGGAGUUAGAGCCUGAGGAGCCGGCAGCAGAGGAGGUGAAAAAAGUAGAGGAACAAGUCCAGGGAGCUGUGGCUAUGGCAGUUGCAGAUCUUGCUGCAGAGAAAGCUGGCAAGGACGGAGCCCCAAAGAGCUUCCGGGAACUAAAGGAGGCCAUCAAGAUCUUGGAAAGCCUGAAAAAUAUGACUGUGGAGCAGCUGCUGACUGGCUCUCCCACCUCCCCAACUGUGGAGCUGGAAAAACCCACUCGGGAGAAGAAGUUCUUGGACGAUAUUAAAAAGCUGCAGGAAAAUCUAAAGAAGACCUUGGAUAAUGUGGCUAUUGCAGAGGAGGAAAAGAUGGAAGCCAUGGUGGAGACGGAGAAGAAAGAAGAAAAAGCAGAGGCACAGACACCGGUGAGGUCGGAGUGGCCCAGCGAGACACCAGUGCUCUGCCAGCAGAGUGGAGGCAAGCCUGGAGUGACCUUCACCAGUGCCAAGGGAGAAGUCUUCUCUGUGUUGGAGUAUGCUCCAGAUACCCAUGCCUUCAAGAAAAUGGAGUUCCAGCCCCCAGAAGCAAAGAAAUUCUUUAGCACCGUGCGGAAAGAGAUGGCUCUCCUGGCCACCUCCCUGCCUGACGGCAUCAUGGUUAAAACCUUCGAGGAUCGAAUGGAUCUCUUCUCAGCACUUAUAAAAGGGCCCACGCGCACGCCCUAUGAAGAUGGCCUCUUUCUCUUCGAUAUCCAGCUCCCCAACAUCUACCCUGCUGUCCCGCCUCUCUUCCGCUACCUCUCCCAGUGCAGUGGGAGACUGAAUCCCAACCUGUACGACAACGGCAAAGUGUGUGUCAGCCUCCUGGGGACGUGGAUAGGCAAGGGGACAGAAAGGUGGACCAGUAAAUCCAGCCUCCUUCAAGUACUCAUCUCCAUCCAAGGUCUCAUCCUAGUGAACGAGCCCUACUACAACGAGGCGGGCUUUGACAGCGACCGGGGCCUCCAGGAGGGCUAUGAGAACAGUCGCUGCUACAAUGAGAUGACCCUGAUCCGGGUGGUGCAGUCCAUGAUGCAGCUGCUGCGCAGGCCGGUGGAAGUCUUUGAGCACGAAAUCCGCGAGCAUUUUCGCUGCAACGGCUGGCGCCUGGUGUCCCGCAUCGAGUCCUGGCUGGAGACGAACGAGCUGGUGGAGCGGAGCCACGAACAGGCCAACGGGGCGGAUUCUGCCUCCCUUCUCUCUGCCUGCGGCACCCUGGCCGAGAGCCCAGGAGACAAUGCGGGAUCGCUGGGGGAGUACGGCAGCAGCUCGGAGCAGGGGGCCGCCGCCGAACUUUCCGACUCGGCGCUCGAUGGGAAGGAGGAGCUGGACGAGUCGGAGUUCACAACCUCGACGCCCAACGCUGGUGAUCUCCAACAGUACUCAGACUCGGAGAGCACAGGCCAAGCCAGGGGGGUAGACCUGGCCAGAGACCGAACGGACGAGGGGAAGGCUGCCCAGGACUCUGCCUUGCAGCCUAGUGUGAAACCAAAGAAAAGGAGAAAGAGCUACAGGAGUUUCCUUCCGGAGAAGAGCGGUUACCCUGAUAUUGGGUUCCCCCUCUUCCCUUUGUCCAAGGGGUUCAUUAAAAGCAUCCGCGGUGUCUUGCAGCAGUACCGGGCUGCCUUAGCAGGGGCCAACAUCCCAGAGUGGACAGAGGACAAAUAAACCGUCAGGUUAGGGACAGGCAGGUGCAGGGGAGAAGGGAAAGCAGCAGAAAGGAAAUUGGGAAAUGCUGUUACCAGUAAACUGGCUUCUCCUUCCAGCUUUUCUUCCUCAGCUUGGUUUGUUCCAAAGAAGGUCUUAGGCCUGAUUGCUCCUCCGAGGAAAGGUUCUCUAAGCAUGAGUAACUCCUUAAACCCAGCCCUUCUUCCUUCCCCCAGUCCCAUGUACAUGCUCCUCUUGCGAGUUUGACCCUGCAAUGGUAAGAUUUGAGACCUGCACAGAAGCAGGCUUGCAGCCACGUUCCCUCUGCACUUUCAUCUUGGGGCACCUUUCCACACAAGGACUCUUCCCACCCAGCGCUACACCCAGCAGUUUGUUCUGGUGGGGUUCAAGCCAGGAGAAGUGAUUGCUGUAGUAUCUGGAAGUGAAGGGCAAUGCCCUCCCAGUCUUUCAUUUUUCUCUGCGUUACCAUGGGUUUUAUGAAGUCUACCCCAGCUUAUAUGUACUUAGACAUUGGAUUGUGUUUGCAUUGAAGUUGUCUACACCAUACGGAGUUGCUCUAGUCUUAGUUGUUCACCGAUAGCUACGAGGUUCUCCCGAUCAGGACUUGGUAGGCAGAACCAGAGCUUUGCGCUGGCACUUGCGCUGCCGGGUUUCCAUCCAGUUCUGCAGCUUCUGGUCGGUCUUCUGGAAGCAAUUCUAGCCAUCCCCACUUCUUUUUCUCCAGAGUAAGGCAAACUUCCCUUUCCCCACCAUGCAUGCCUGUCUUCUAGAAAUACAUGGGAUUCAGGGUUCUGCCCUUAUUACUUAGGUAUCCGCAUCUUUGUUCCCAGCCAUCCUGGCUGUCACACAGCACUACACCUAACCCUGGAUCCCGUCCUCGCCUGGGCAGGCGGCAGGGAGUGAUCUUGGGGCAUAUUGUAGAUCUAGCAGCUAGUCUGGAUGGUGAACCUGGCAUGGCUGCUGCUUCUCCGUCGUUUGGCUGUAGAUGGGUAUUUCAGAGCUGUUUGAGCCAGGGUUACCCAAGGGAAAGGAGCUGUCGUGUCGUGACGAGGUCCUGUUGUAGCAGCAGCAGUUUAUGACCGUUCCUGUGCUGUUACUCAGCCAGCAACUGGUGCACAUCAGACACUGGUGCGGACCGUUAUCAGUUCCUUCCCUUGCCAGCCAUUUCCCAUGGUGGCCUGGGUCCGCUGUGGCCAGCAGCGACGUGGGCACAGUACAUACUAUCCCUGAUCUCAGCUGCAGCGCUGCUGUGCUGCUCUGGGAAAUGGCUGGUGAAAUCAGCCCGUGUUUCAGCAGCGAGAGCUGCCUGAGCUGGUGACCGUGAGCACUUUGAAGCAGUGACUUGCCAGAGUCUCCUGGUCAAGACACCUUCCUGAAGCCUCUUUUUCUGUGUGCACGCACUUACUUGCACUUCUGGAGCUGGGAGAUCGCACUCCAGCACUACUGCAUUUGCCCAAUGUUUAGGCAUUGGAGAAGCACCCACUUCGCAUCCAUGUGGAGCACAGUCUGUCAGGGAGAGUCCGUUGGUCCUUCCAGCCAGCACAGGGAGCCGGUGGUGCCAGGCUUCCCGGGGAGGGGUCGAGCUGAGCGGUCGGCUCUGCCAGAAGUAAGGAUGGAGACAAAACUCUCCUUUUGCUCUUGCUCAAUGUGGCUGUGUGCGUUUCCCCCCCACCCGGGCCAGGAUCUGGCCUUCUCAUUUUGAAACGGAGAACAGCAGGCGAAUCUUGGCAUGUUUGCGUGCUGCUUUCUGCUCCUUGAAACACCAGGGUCUGCACCCACUGGCCCAAAUCCCCCCACCCAGCUCCCUGCGCUUGUUAUUUCCAGCUGCCCCUGCGAUGCUCCGGAGCCAGGGGGGCUGGCUGCGCAAAGCCCUUCUUGUGUCACCAUCCACUGCCGGGAUUUUGGAGGGCACGUCCAGCUCCCGGAGCUCUGGAGGAAGCAGGGCUUGGCUGUGAACGACGACCUGGGCCUGCAGAGCUCUCUAAGCACUGGUCUGCGGGUGGAUCGCCUGCGCAGCAGCGCUGGCCCUGCUCCAGCGCCGGGAGGCCUCCCUGCCCGGCAGGCAGGAGGUCUGGCAGCGUGGCAGACCCCCACCCCGGGGUGCAGAGAGAUGCUUUGAGCCGCAGGCAGGGCAGUGCGAACCGCGUGCGUAACUCCCGGCUGCUUUCUGGCUGUGUGGCUGGUGCUAAAUGAAUGAAUCCCUUUGAGCGAGGAGCGGGGUCUCCAAAAUAUAAAGGGCUGAUUGGGGCAGAGGGGUGAGGCUGUUGCUUCAGGGAAGGGGAAGGGCAGGCACAGAGAGGCUUGUUCCACAAAUGAUUAAACCUCUUACUCACCAGACAAAAUUGCGGUUGGCGAUCUACAGAUUCGACUUCCUCCAUCCCCUGUGCUGGGCUGUGGCUGUCCUUAGCCCUGCCGGCCAGGGAGGGAGGGAGAAAACCCUUGAUGGCCGAGCUGUGGCUGGGGAUGGAGGGAUGGAGGAGCUCUAGGGUUCCCCGCUUUGCCCACCCUUUACUCUCUGCAGCUCUCAUCUCACGGGGAAGGCAGGGGCUGGUCAGGCCGCCCACCCGCCCGGGGAGGAGGGCAGGCAGCCGGCGCUGCUGGCGUGAGCUGCUUGAGUCCUCCCCUUCGCCCAAGAAGUCUCUUUUGUUUCCUCUGAUCAUAAUCAAGAGCUUUUGCACAGGUUCCUGGGGCUUCCUACCGAGGAGGUGUGUACUGGCCUUCUGGAAGGGGACGCUGCUCCCCAGCUGCCGCUACCCCUGGCAUCGCUCGCUCUCUGUAGCUGGCUGUCCCAAACCGAGGCGUGCACAGAGGUUUACAAAUUUUCUAAAGCUUUUGAUAAUGUGAAGCUCCUGGGUGAUGAGGUUGGUGGUGAGCACACUGCAGCUAUGUAAUUUUUUGUGUAUGUAUGUAAUAUUUAAGGGUAACAAAAUUUAAAAGGCUAAAACCUUAAAAAAAAAAAAUUAAAAACACACAAAAAAAGCCAAAGCAUGAUGCAUAUUGUUAGCCUUAAAACUGGCUACACGACUGUGUGAUGUACAAAUGAGAGUAGCCUGUAACUGGUUUAAGUGCUGGGGUUGGGGAAGAAGCAUUACAAAAUCAGUUUGUAGCCUUGAUUCUGUACAGUAUUUAAUGAAA